AUGUACAAGGCCGUCAUCCUGCCGACGCUGCUAUACGGAGCGGAGACUUGGACGGUGUACACAAAGCAGGCACGCCGACUGAACUACUUCCACCUAAGUUGUCUUCGUCGCAUCCUGAGACUGAACUGGCAGGAUCGAAUCCCCGACACUGAUGUGCUGGAACGAACGGGAAUCCUGAGCAUCUACACGAUGCUGAGACAAAUGCAGCUGUGCCGGAGCGGCCACCUGGUGCGCAUGGACGACGAGCGACUACCCAAACGACUCUUCUACGGAGACGUCGCGACGGGUUCUCGCCGUCAAGGAGGCCAGAUUCGCUGUUACAAGGAUACCCUGAAGUCUUCCCUGAAGUGCCUGCAAAUCAACACGGCCAACUGUGAAGAGCUUGCACUCGAUCGACCGACCUGGAGGAGGGAAGUGAAGACAGGCGCUGCGAUCUACGAAGCCAACCGCAUCGCUGCCGCCAAAGCGAAACGCGAAGCCCGCAAAUCACAACUUCGCCCAGUAUGCAACGCCGCCGCACAACCGCUUCCAACGUGUCCUCGAUGUCAACGGACAUUCCGGGCUCGAAUCGGACUUGUUGGACACUUUCGGAUCAACUGCGCCCCUCGAACUGCACAAACCAUCGUCCCCCCGCCCGCACCUUCCUCUUCCUCUCCGCCGUCAACUUCCUCCGACUACUCGAUUGCCCCGCCACCCUUAACCUCCUCCCCCUCCUCCUCCUCCUCCUCCUCCUCCUCCUCCUCCACCACUGCCCUUGUGAAGGCCGCUCAGACGACUGCCACUCACGCAACAGCCGACACCAAACUCACUGCAUUCGACUCCAGCGAUGAGGAUCAGGACUACACCUGCCCUCAUUGCGACCGCACCUUCACCUCACACCUGGUCGGUCUCUUGCCAAUCAAUCGCACAGAGACUGGCGAACCAGUGCCUGGAGCACCAAUCUACACCCACCGUACCCGCCUCCACUGCCCACACUGCUCACGCACCUUCACACAUCGCACGGGUCUAUUCGGCCACAUGCGCAUCCAAGAGAGCGGAACUGACCGCGGCUCCGACUCAUCCACCACGCACCACCCCACCCUCACUUCACCACCCAGCACUCCCACUGCACUUUCUGCAAAUGACACCGAAACUACCGACUUCACCUGCCCACAUUGUCCACGCACAUUCACCUCACGAUUCGGCCUGGUCGGUCACUUGCGAAUCCAUCGCACAGAAACUGGCGAACCAGUGCCUGGAGCACCAACCUAUGGUCACCAAGCUCGAAUCCACUGCCCACACUGCCCUCACACCUUCAGGCAUCGCAUGCUACUAUACGGCCACAUGCGCAUCCACGACGACCUGCGGUAGACAACCGCCGGUUACACCACACAUCCACACAAUCCCUACCUCCCUCCUCCCCCAUCACCACCAAACGUCAACAUUCACUCGCCGCAUGCACCCAACUGCCACCUCCCACGCAAGUGGGAAGUGUGCAUCUCGAAUCGCUUCCCAUGCGACUCCGGCUGCACGGGUGAUUUUGAGUCUGAGACUAUCCCGACACGUCAAGCGUCGAGGAUAGGAAGGUUGCUGAUUGAGGCCCGCUGUCGGUUCACGCAGUUCGUCGCGUUGUGUGUGUGUGUGUGUGUGUUGUGUGGAGUGGCGGACUGGUGGGCUGAGGACGGGUUGAAGCAGCAUCUUCCACGGCCCUCUCACGCAAGUGGGAGACACGCCGUUCAACCCCCGUUGUGUGAAUUCCUGGUGUUUGUGUGCGUAUGGAGGGCCAGGUCGUGCUGUUGCGCGCAGGCAUGGUCAGUCGACCGUGUCAGCCACCGCGCCCAUUCCGCACUCCAGUUUGCCGACCGGCUCGGACAGCGGCUGGGGUGUGGAAAUGGGAAGGGAGAGUGAGGUCGACGACUCAGCGCACUUUACUCACUAUAAUCAAUCUGACGCGCUUGAAGCUAUCUCGGUGCGCUAAAAGCCGUGGCUUGGAAGAUUGCCAACUGACGGGGUAACUUGGACCUCCUUCUUGACUGGUGGUGGUCUGAGAGUCAGGUUGCAAUGGCUCCUUUUUAAUGUGGCCUUUAUGGCACUCCCACCACAGUGUGGGUUCCGAGCCAGGCGUCGGCGGCACGCUUAGGUGCGGCUUCGGUCGUGCCAGCCUCCAAACUCUGUUGUGUUGGUGAAUAUCCUAGUUAUUUGUUGUGUGGACCAGGGGGUUUGGUGGAAAGCCAAGGUGAGGAUCCGUCCGAGCCAUCCACCUGCGGCUUCCCUCGUCUCCGGUCUUCUUGACUAUGUCUUGACACCGGGCUCAGGCGGGGGAGGAGGGGAGAGUGUAGGUAGAUGCAGCGCAUUCUACUGGCACUAUAAACCCCCUGCGCAAGUCACCGUCCCUGCUCUCACCGCUGCUGCCGCAGCUGCGGGGCACACGGUGGUCAUAGACGAAAUCGACGGUCGAACUGUCGUGUGUGUGUGUGUGUGCGUCUGUGUGUGUGGAGGAGAACAGUGAAGACGGGCGCUGCUAUCUACGAGGCCAACCGCAUCGCCGCCGCCAAAGUGAAACGCGAAGCAUGCAAAUCACAACUGCGCCCAGUACGCAACGCCGACGAACAACCGCUACUAACGUGUCCUCGAUGUCAACAGACAUUCGGGGCUCGAAUCGGACUUGUUGGACAUCUUCGGAUCAACCGUACCUCUCAGACCGCACCAACCGCCGUCCCUCCGCCCGACUCUUCCUCGUCCUCUCUGCCCCCAAAUACAUCUGACUACUCUACAGUCCCGUAAUUUGUAACCUCUUCCUCCUCCUCCUCCUCCUCCUCCUCCUCCUCCUCCAACAACAACAACAACAACAACAACAACAACAAAAACAACAACAGUGCCCCAGCGACGGCCGCUCAGGCGGCCGUCUCGAACAUCACGAGCCCCGACACAACAACCGACACUACCCCCACUACCUCCACUCCAGCGAUGAGGAUCAGGACUACACCUGCCCCCACUACGACCGCACCUUCAUCUCACACAUCGGCCUGGUCGGUCACUUGCGAAUCCAUCGCACAGAGACUGGCGAAGCAGUAUCUGGAGCAUCAACCUACACCCACCGCACUUGCCUCCACUGCCCACACUGCCCUCGCACCGUCACGCAUCGCAUGGGUCUAUUCGACCACAUGCGCGUUCACUUGGGUGGAAUUGACCACAAUUCCGACACACCAAUCACGUCCAACACGCCCCCAUGCCCAGCACCAUCGUCGUUCCAUCGCCCUGCGCGCCUAUCCCCACUACUUCUGCCUUCUCCGUAG